UUCAUGCAAGAGGGAGCGAGGGGACGCGCGCGCCAAGGAGGCAAGGCGACGGAGGGAGCCUGUCCCUGUCAGGCAAGGCACGGCAAGGCGAAGCCGGGCACAGCGAGCGGGCGGGCGGGCGCCGGGGCCCGGCCGCGGGGCAUGGAGAGCCUGCUGGAGAAUCCGGUGCGCGCCGUGCUCUACCUGAAGGAGCUCACCGCCAUCGUGCAGAACCAGCAGAGCCUCAUCCACACCCAGCGCCAGCGCAUUGACGAGCUGGAGCGGCGUCUGGACGAGCUCGGCACCGAGAACCGCAGCCUCCGCGAGCAGUACUCGCUUCCGGACGAGACCCAGCAGCACCACCAAAGGCUGCCCGCUCCUCCUGCGCCGAGCCCGGUUCCUCCUCAGGGCCAGCCGCCGCCGCCGCCGGCGCCGGAGUCACAGCAGCCGGAGCAGCUUCAGCACCACCAACAGCUCCCAGUGCCACAGCAACCGCCGCCUCUGCAGCCUCCCAGCAGCAGCAAGCCGGCUCAGGCGGGCCCCAGUGGCAGCCGGACCCCCGCCCCGCACCAGCACCCCGCUCUCCAGCCCCAUCAGCACCACCACGAGAAGGACAGCAGAGAGAAGAGUUGUUGCUCUACCCUCCUUCAGCACAAAACCCCCCAGGCGAUUGGCAAAGGCGUCUUGAGCAGGAGACCAGAGAAUGAGACUGUUUUACACCAGUUCUGCUGCCCGGCAGCUGAUGCAGAGCAGAAGCCUUCAUCUGCAGACUCUUCUCCAAGUGACGAUCCCUGCGGUUCAGCCAGCAAGAAACCCGGGUGUGACACAGAGGAUCCGAAGGAGGCCGGCAGACACAGUGGCCAGGAAGGCAGGUCCGACACCUUGAAGUUAAAAGCCCAGCAUGCGGAGCGGCAGGAAGAGCAGGUGGAUCAGGCAGCGGGGUGCUCCCCUUUGGUGCAGAAGGCCAGCCUCCACCACACGGGUUCCCCCGUGAGAGGGCAGCGCAGCAAAGGGGCAGCCACAUGUUCUCAUGCAGCUGCCUCCGAUUAUGAGCUCUCCCUUGACUUAAAGAAUAAACAGAUCGAAAUGCUAGAGCACAAAUAUGGAGGCCACCUGGUCUCUCGGAGGGCAGCCUGCACUAUCCAGACUGCCUUCCGGCAGUACCAGCUCAGCAAAAACUUUGAGAAGAUACGGAACUCGCUCCUUGAAAGCCGCAUGCCCCGGCGAAUUUCACUGAGGAAAGUCCGAGUCCAGAACUCUGAAAGUUUUUCUGCUGAGAAAGCCCUAGUCGAAGGAUACAACUUUGUUGGCAUCCCCUUGGUGAGAUCGCCAUCUUUGCCAGCCACAAUCAGCGGGGCACUGACUGAACUGGAGGACUCCUUCACCGAGCAAGUCCAGUCUUUGGCCAAAUCUAUAGACGAUGCCCUCAGCACGUGGAGCCUGAAGACUAUGUGUUCCCUUCAAGAUGGCAGCUCCUAUCAGAUAAGGGAGACCUUCAGCACCAGUGCAAUGCAACCAAACCAAGACCGGGAAGCUGAACUGAAUGACCAACAGAAGGAGGAAGGGCUGCUGCCAGACACACUGCCAAAGAGCAGCAGCACUCUCAUGAUGGCCUUCAGGGAUGUCACUGUCCAGAUUGAUAACAAGAACAUAUCUGUCUCCUCAUCUACCUCGGUGUCUAUGGCAAACUGCCUUGCCAACAAUGCCCAGGCUGGGAUUUCUCAAGCUGCCAAAAUAGAAGAAAUCCCCGAGGAAGGGGAAAAAGAGGGCAAAGAGCCUCAAACUGCUCCUGAAGGCCAGCCUGAUUCUUCGGGAGUCCUCCAGAACAGUCAUACGGUAACUGAGGUGAAUGUUGACACCAAUGGCUUGGCGGGAGGGGAGAGUGAGCAAGAACAAAUGAUGAUGCAGAAGCUCCAGUUUGGUUCCAGCAACGAGGCUGGCGCGAACAAGGUCUCAGAGGCAGAAAACGUAGACAAUUCCGAGCAGAUGAGCAGUAGCAGCACCUCCACCUCAGCCAAAUCUGCCUCAGAAUUAUCUUCAAAGGAAGCCCUGCAGGCCAUGAUCCUGAGCCUUCCACGGUACCACUGUGAGAACCCAGCCAGCUGCAAAUCUCCAACUCUUUCCACAGACACCAUGAGGAAGCGACUCUACCGCAUUGGUCUAAACCUCUUUAACAUAAAUCCAGACAAAGGGAUCCAGUUCCUGAUAUCUCGGGGCUUCAUCCCAGACACACCGAUUGGAGUGGCACACUUCCUGCUGCAGCGCAAGGGUCUCAGCCGACAGAUGAUCGGGGAGUUCCUGGGGAACAGUAAGAAACAGUUCAAUCGGGAUGUCCUAGACUGUGUAGUAGAUGAGAUGGACUUCUCUGGCAUGGAGCUUGAUGAAGCUUUGCGGAAAUUUCAAGCCCACAUCCGGGUGCAAGGAGAGGCCCAGAAGGUGGAGCGGCUCAUUGAAGCCUUCAGCCAGCGGUACUGCAUGUGUAACCCAGAUGUGGUCCAGCAGUUCCAUAAUCCAGACACGAUUUUCAUACUGGCUUUUGCCAUCAUCCUUCUUAACACGGAUAUGUACAGCCCUAACAUCAAACCUGACAGGAAGAUGAUGCUAGAAGAUUUUAUUCGGAAUCUGAGAGCUUGCUCUACAUUAUGCUUUGCAGGAGUGGAUGAUGGAGCUGAUAUUCCUCGAGACCUGGUGGUGGGGAUUUAUGAGAGGAUCCAGCAGAGAGAGCUUAAAUCUAAUGAGGAUCAUGUAACCUAUGUCACCAAAGUGGAAAAAUCAAUUGUUGGCAUGAAAACGGUUCUGUCAGUGCCACACCGCCGGUUGGUUUGUUGCAGUCGCCUUUACGAAGUGACAGACGUGAACAAAGUGCAGAAGCAAGCCGCUCAUCAGAGGGAGGUCUUCCUCUUCAAUGACUUGCUGGUGAUUCUCAAGCUUUGCCCUAAGAAGAAAAGCUCCUCCACCUACACAUUCUGCAAGUCAGUUGGCUUAUUAGGAAUGCAGUUUCACCUCUUUGAAAAUGAAUACUACCCUCAUGGCAUCACCUUGGUGACUCCAGUUUCAGGCUCAGAGAAGAAACAGGUACUCCAUUUCUGUGCUCUGGGUGCGGAGGAAAUGCAGAAAUUUGUGGAAGACCUAAAGGAGUCAAUAGCAGAGGUGAUGGAGCUAGAACAGAUUCGAAUUGAAUGGGAGCUAGAAAAGCAGCAUGGAGCAAAGAAUCUUUCUUUAAAGACCAAUGGAGCUCAAAUGGAAACACAAUCCAAGCAAGGAUCUCCGACAGGCAAAAAAGAUUUGGGAGAGAAGGUCCCGGACAGCACAGUGGAGGUGUCAAUUCACAACAGGCUUCAAACGUACCAGCACAACUCCGUCCCGGGGCUCGAGAGUGGAAUGCAGCCCAACACGCAUCCUAACAUGUCACGGGAGCGGCUGGAGACAGCAUUGGUGCCCUCUUACCCUGCCUCGGCAGGGACACUUGUACAGUGCCAGCAGAUUGUCAAAGUCAUAGUCUUGGACAAGCCGUGCCUCGCUCGUAUGGAGCCGGCCCUCAAUCAGACUCUGACGCGUUACGUCUCCUCCGAUUCCUGCAGCUCCACCCCCUUGCGCGGUCUAGGCAGCGGGCUCCAAGGAACCCCAGUGAAAAUCAUCCAUCAGCCCCCACUUCCGCCUCCACCACCACCCUACAACCAUCCGCACCAGACCUGCCCCCCCAGCUCCUUGCUUCAGAGGCGCAGGUACUCCAGCGGCUCACGCAGUCUAGUGUAGCAGCUCCACCCGCACUAGCCAAACAGCACAGACUUACCCUGGGACCCUUUUCUGUCUUCAGAGAAAAUCUAGUUUGUGAUUUAUUUUUUAGUAAAACAAGAGAGAGAGAGAGAGAGAGAGAGAGAGAGAGAGAGAGAGAAGCAAAAACAAAGCAAAAGAGAGAGAGAGUCACAGUAUGUACAAUGAACAUAACUAACUCCUUAUCUCUCCUGAAAUGAUUCUGUUUGCGAAGAGCCCACCUGUAGAAACUGCCUGAACCCUUAAGAAGAUGUUUCCUGCCUGUCUCCCAUCCAUCCAUUCAGCCACACACACACACCUUUCUUAUUCCCAGCACACAUGGUAGUGUUUUGCUACCCUGCUUCUGGUUAGCUUUACUGCUCUUGGCUUUGUUUGCUUUGUGACUUCAGUUCCUUGUAUUUCUGUCUCUCUUUCCUUACCUCUUCAGCUUCCCUGUUUUUUCACCAUUAUCAAAUUCCACAGGUUUCUGACCAAAACAGACUUUCCUUACCUUCGGGGGCAUUGAUUUUGGGUAAUCCACCUUGUUGAGGCUGAGAAGUUGUCAUUACUGCUGCCGCCACUACAACCAUUGCAACUUGCUAGGCUGGAGCUGGAAUCUUGUGCCAAUCACCCUGCUUUCUCCUCAUUGCCUUUUUGGGUAGCUUGUUCUCUCACAGCAAACUUAUUGGAAGAGAAAGUCAAGAGAAAAGGAGGGAGAAAGAGCAGAAGAUGGAGAGUGCUCCCCACUCCAUGCUGCAGCUGAACACAAAGCUGGGAUCACUGUGGACAUCAGACCCUUUUCUGCAGUUACAUUAAAAGUAUUGUACUAAGAGCUUUUUUGGACACCAGCAGAAUGCACCAUUUGUAAAUACACACCUUUAUGACUGAAUGUGUAUGGACUAUACCCACUAAAGGAAGCACCAGGCAGUUCUGGGAUGUCCAAGUGAGGGUAGAGAGAGUGAGUCUAGAAAUCUUCCUGGCAUGGCCACUUUUCCAAACUUAAAGGCUUUUCUCUGGCUUUUAUUUUAUUGAUAUCCUGCCUUUCAGCCUAUACCAGCCCCAGGAGACAGCUCACAAAACAGAAUAAAGCAACAUCUCCACACAGGAUUAAUUUGGCAUGAGGGAUUAUACACCCAUCCCCUUUGAAACUCCCACCCUACCCUCCUUUGUCCUUUCAGUUCAUAUUUGUGAACUGAAUCCUUGGUUCACAAACAACUAACUUAUUCAAUUUAUAGGGUCCCAAACAACUGAGUGGGGCAGUGUGUAUCUUUGGGGAAGAACAGGGCAUGAGAGAAGCAGGCUAUCGACUGUAUUUCUCCCAUCAUCAUGGCACAAAUGUUGCUGGUUUAAAGUAGAUUCCAGGUUCUCUCUUCUGCCUUCACCUUCCCUUCUGCCUCCCUCCUUAGAUUCUGAGCUGAUCGCGCUAACUCGUUUCAGAGGUCUAUUUAGGAAUAUUAUCCUGAAUCAACAACAUAUAUUUACAUGGGCAUGGAAAGAUGCUAUGCUGGGUCAUGAUCCAGACACAGCUGUGUGCGUGCAUUAAAUUCUUACCUUAACCUGCCUUAGCUUCUACAAGAUAUUGAAAUGUACUUUUGUUUGUCAAAAUGAAAGGGGGGGGGGCAAGGAGCCCCUAAUUAUCCAAAGUCUUUUUGCUCUGCUUCCACAAACACUCAAGCAAAUCAGUUAUAUUGAAAGGAAUUAAAGGAUUGUUGCCUUGGUGUAGGCAGUCAUGUAAACACAAGCUCAUAACACCAGGCGGAUUCCUCAUUUCCUGCUUCCUCUCUCCUUUCCUUCCUUUUCUUUAAAAUGCUGCGGCCUCCCACCAAAAAGAAAAAAAGAAAAAAAGCAAGGUGGAUAGGGAGUUCCAGAGGGAGGAGAUGAAAGCAGAGCUCAGCUCCUCGCUUUUAUCAGAGAUGCUGAUGUGCAGAAAGAUGGUAUUAAAAUGGGCUAUGGUAGUAUUUUUAGAAAAAAUAUCUCCCCACGCACGAGGGAGGAGCAGUAUUAAUUAGCUUAAGGGCUUUGCUCUUGCUCACUCUGUCUCCCUAUGAGGCUUAAGAAGAUCAACUUUAGGAUUUGGAAAUAGGGCAGAACAAGUUUUAAGUAUCUUAUUUAUUUAUUUUUAAAGAAGAAUGUGUGUCUGUGUGUGUGUUGAUUUUUUGCUUUCCAUGUGAGGGCAAAAUCACAGAAGUCAGCUGGUGUCGAAGCAGCAGUUUUACUGUCUUGAGCUGAGAGAAGCCAGCAGCCUGCUAGUAGGGUGGAUAGGCAGCUGUCUAUCCAUAUAUCAAGUUAUUUAACACGGAGAGAGAGAGACCCAGUGUGAAUUUACCUCAGGUGGUUGCUGGCAGCAUUUCUGCAGGUCUGGGCUUUCACCUCAGCAUUUAUUUGAAAGGGUCAAGUCACAUGAGGAAGGCAUGAGGAAGAAUUUGAGCUCUUCCACAUUGGGUUUUGUUGUGGCUUCCUACACAGUGUUUAGAGCCUCUUUAAAACUGCCAAAGUAUAUAUUUUUAAUCUCAGAUGUAGUAUUGAAUUGAGUCAGAUUGGGUCUCAGCUCUGAAGGAGAGCCUGUGUUUUUCAGUUUUGUUUUGUUUUUAAUCCUAUCUGCAGAAAUAAUAGUACAAUGCCAGGGAAGGGAAUAUGAUAAAGGAGGCGAGCUGUUUAUGCAUUUCAGGGCAGAGAUUUUGUUCUCUUUCCUGGGACCCAUGUUUUUCUCUGAAUGCACGAGUUCUCAGUACCUUUGGCAAUUGUGGCUGGGAAUGAUGGGAAUUAUAGUCCAACAACUUCUAGGUACCCAGUUCAAGAAUCCAUGUCUUAAUUAGAGACACUCUUACCCCUGGACUUCGGGGCCGAAGUCCAGUACCUCCACACCCCCUGGGCCCCCCCCCCACCUCUUUAGUUUGUUCUGGGUGGUGAGGUUUGUGCCCUCAAGAACCAACGUGUUAAAAAAUGAUGCUUAACUUGCAGCAGGGGGUGGGCUGGGGUCUCCAAAGGCCUUUAGGUCCUGGCUCCCAAAUUACCUAGGUGCUGCUCUGGUCUUAAUGUCCUGUGGCCCAGGUGUGGACUCUGGUAACUCUGUCAUUGAUGUUAGUGGCAGGAUGUUUCCCUCUGUGGUCAGCUCUUUGAUAUUUUUAUCCUAUCUAUACCUCCCUGAGCCAUUUUUGGAAGGGCGGUAUAUCAAUUAAUUAAAUAAAAUUAUUAUGCUCCACAAAGGAGAGUCCUAGUCAUAUUGAAGUGUAGGCAGUGGCGUGAUUGUGCCCCACCCAUCUGAUUCUUGGAAACCUGCAUCUCAUACAAAAGGUAACGGUCAUUGGCUCAGUGGUGAAGCUAUGCAUGCAGAAGGCCUAUGUUCAGUCAUAGGCUGGGGAGCAACAGCAGGAGAGAGGCCAUGCACAUACCUCUUGCCUGUGAGCUUCCCAGAGGCAUGUAGUGGGCCACUGUGUGAAACAGGAUGCAGGACUAGAUGGGCCUUCUUGGGCCUGAUCCAGCAGGGCUGUUCUUAUGUUCAGUCCCUGGCAUCUCUACUUAAAAGGAUGUCAGCAGGGCUGGGGCUGGAAAAGUUUUCCUGGUACUGUGGAAAGCUAUUGUGAGGGGCCGUAUGCAUACAGAAAAACCUAAUAUCAACCUCUGGCAUCUCCAGACAAAAAAGAAGCAUGUAGCAGGCCUAGGAAAGACUCCUUCCCAAAGGGACAUGCAUGCAUUAUGCAUGCAUUACACAUGAUGCAUACAUUACACAUGCAUUAUGAGCCCUGAUGGUCUUCAUUUUUCUCCAGUUAAUAGUAGGGAUUGGGGCCCUGUGGAUCAGGAUUGUGUCAGAGGUAAGGUAAAAACCCACAACCCCACUCCUGCUGCAGUUCCAAUCCACGGGUGUCUUCUAUCUGACUGGCAUUUUUAAAAACAAAAAACUAAGCUCACCAGGAGCAGUAACAUUUUACAUAUCGUGUGUAGUUUGGCCCUGAGACCCCGAAGAGCCACUGCCAGUCAGAAGGUAAAUUGACCAGUGGUCUGACAGCUUCAUAGCUAUUCCCUUGUACAAGGAGGGGAAUAAUGGCUAUAUUCUCAGAUGGCGGAGGAGAAUUUAGUCUUUCCAUAGAGUGGGGAGCAAAAUAUAGCUUAUACCGUUGCUGCAAAAAAUAAAAAUGGAAGGCAGAAUUGGAGGGAUUGAAUGAGACUGUGUGUUGUGUGGGUCCAGUCAGAUGCAUGAGAACCCAACGGAGGUUUAAUUAUAGGGCCCACAUCUCCUUUAAUUUUGCUCUGUGGGGAGCAUUCUAGGAAUCACUGGCAGCUUCUUUCUUUUUUCAGUGCCUUCUGCUGUCUUGGAAGGUGUGUAUGUUUCUGCACCAUGCAUUAGUUCAGCUAUGAGGAAAAUAUGUGUUUAGAUAAAUAAAUUAGAUUUUACCUGACAUUUCACACAAAGUGGCAGCAAAAACUUUUAAGCUUUUGAUGGCACAAUUGUUUUUUAGAUGAAAUAUUUAUGAGAAUCUAUGGAGUUGCUAGAAGAGAAGAAUCCAGGUGGUUAAUAAUGGAUUUGGGAUGAUGUGAAGAUAUUCAGUCAUAGGAAGCUUUGCCUAAUAUGUCAGCCUCUUCCCUUCCCCCACAUCACUUAAUUUAUAAAAGAAGAGCUGCUGGGCACAUGAAUUCAUGGAUCUCCCAGCCUCAGAUCUAUAAAACCUAUGGUAGUGCUUUAACCUAUCUAUCAGCAAUAUCUGUAUUAGUAGAGAUAAGCCAAACUCACCCAUCCUGAUUUGCAACAGGGGGGUCUUUCCAAGCCUUUUUUGGAAGAGGAAUCUCCAAAAAUUUGAGAAAAGGCUUUUCCAAAGCUUGGCAAGAUAUAGCCUGAGGGAGCCUUUCCACCUUCAACAGCCUUUUUAUAUCUGUUAGUUUCCUCCCCUGCUCCUUUUCUAAAGGUACAGGAUGUGAAGAAGAAGGGCCAAGGGUUCUCCUUAAAUGUCUAGCUCCUUUCAGUGAAAAGUUCUGAGCAUGCUCAAAUACUCCAUUGUCCACAGGAAUCUUGGGAAUUUUUUUUUUUAAUCCUCCUUAUAAAUGAGUCCGCAGGAAUAACUACACUUCCCAGAACUCUCAUCUUCAAGACUGGCUUAGAAUGUAGGAACAAGUUUGAAGCAGCUUUUCACUUUAGCUUUGGCCACUGUUUGUCUCCUUCCUACCCACUACAAGUUGGGGAAAGUGGAGAAGGAAAGAAAACUGUUGGAUGAGAACUGAAUGUUACAAGCAAAAUUCAGAGGAGGGCUGGGCUCUUCCUCUGAUGACUAGGAAAUUGCCUCCCCCAUUUCUGAGUCUUCUCCAUUUCUAAUUAUUAGUAUUAGUACUAUUUCAUAAUUUCCAAGACUGCGUCCUGGCAUUGAAAUGUUCUAAACCUGAGUCUACAUUCUAAUUAAGCCCUACUACCCCAAACAGGAAAUUAGUUCGUAAAACCACUAGGAACUCAACAUAUUACUUUACUGGUGGCAUUGAACCAGAAGGCACUGUCUCUGUGGUUUUCUGCAUGAAAUGCUAAAUUUCUCCAUUUUGGAAGAUGGAAGCCAGAAUGUCAAGUAUCGCCACUCUUGAGAAUCCUAAUGGCCCUGAGUUUCUUCUUAUGUGUCCACUAGUGAUAUAGUAUGACCUACCAAUGGUAUUUGAUGGUUUAUAUUUAUAUUUGGAUCUUGGGCAUAUCUGAAUAGGCUCAGGCAAAUGUACAAGUGGCCCCAAAAGAGAAUGGCUGCCAUGAGAUGUGUCUGGAUUUGAUUGAGCAUUCCUAAAUUGUUGUUUGCUCUGGGUCAUGCCAUUAUUUUCAUUCAUAUGCAAUGUAUACCCAAAGAGAGCAGGCAUUUCUAGAGUUGCCCACAUCCAAAAGGCUGGCUCCAGGUUGAGAAGGGGCUAGGCAAGGUAUGGUGGACUUCCUCUUUCCCGAGUAGAUGCUCCCUGCUGUUUACAAUGGUGGAGGGUGCAGCUGCUUUCACUGUCAGUGGGCUGGUAGCAGCAGUAGCGACAAUGUUCCAGAGCCUGGGGUUGCUGCCCACUGUGUUUUCACUGCAAGGCUGCAUUGGCGGGGAGAGGGGGCACAGCACAUGACAGGACAUUGCUGCUGUUGUUGGCCUGCUGAGAAUGAAAGUCACCGAAAUAAACGAAGUGGAGGGGGCCCACCCAGCCCGUGGCCACCAAUUGCCAGUUGGUCCCAAUCCUCUCAAGGAAGCCACGGCAGGUGUCAGCACCUGGACCCCUUUGAGGUGCUGAGUCCUCCGCAACAGCCCAAGGGUGCCUUGUGCUAAUGCCAGCCUUGCACAUCCAGAUGUGUCCAUGUUUCAGAACUGGAGUUUGGCAUGUAUAAGGCUGUAGUUUUAAAAGGUAUGAGAUAUAUUAGUGUAAAAGGGAAUUAUGUUGCUUCCCCCCACCCCCACCCCCCGCCUUCCAAGGCCGGGGUCAAGCUCCAGGCUUCUGCUCUAUGCAUAGCAAUACAACCCCCUGCUGUUUAACCUCUUGAUGUCCUAUAGCCUCAUAAUUCCCCUGGGAAUAAUUACCAAACUAUUUAAUUGAAGCUUGUAUUAAUUAAGACCAUGUUUAAAGGGUUAUGUGUGCCGGUCAAUUAGAUAUUACAAGCGGUUCGCACCAAUGGCUUCCUAGAUAUCCACCCAGUUUGAUCCCUAGUCUCAUGCACUCAGGGAGAUGGUAGAUUGAAACAUAUUCUGUUGGUGGUGAACUUCAAGACCUGAUGUGCCACUUGCUAUGUGUGAUGAUGUCGCCCAAAGCAGUUCACAGAUGCAGCUGAUGGUGUUUUUCCAGUGGUGAGAACAACAGGGACUUGCAGAUCAGGAGCUCAAGUAGGGGAGCUCUAAGAGAGACUGCAAGCCAAACUGCAUUGCUGACUUUUGCUGCUGCCUUCAGUUGAUCCUGCAUUAAAAGGAAAAAAAGCAAAAAAGCAAUUGUCUGCAGUAGUGUUCUACAUUGGUAAAGCUUGGGAGUCAGUAGCAGCUCCCAUCAGCCCUCGGUGUGGCUGAUUAAUUGUUUAUUGGGCCUGUGCAAAGCUUUGGCCCCAACCUGAAUGCCUUGCACAGUCUUCCACCACCUUGUAGAGGCAACCAUUCCUACUGUGCAGUGCUGGGUGUGCUUUGGCUGGUGCUGAUGGGGCUCCUUUAAUGGAAAUUGAGCCCUUUUGAAUCCCUGCACCAUCUUGGAAGGCAUGCAUGGAGUUCUGGGAAGCGUAGCCCUUCGCAGUGCUUUCCCCACAGAGCUCAUAAGAGACGGUUCCAUCUCUCUUAAGGGGCCCUCCCAGCACUGAGAAAAGUGCAGUACUAUGCAGAAGUCAGCACAGUGGGGAGUGACUCUCAUAUUGAGGGAUUUUUAAAUUUUUUUUUUGCCAAAGUAGCCCCCCACUUGAAAAAUAGUGAUGAUCACUGGUUUACAGCAAUGGUCUAGGACAGGUUUUCUUAACCUUGGGCCCCCAGAUGUUGUUGGACUACAACUCCCAGAAUCCCUAGCCACAAAGGCCAUGUCUGGGGAUUCUGGGAGUUAUAGUCCAGCAGCAUCUGGGGGCCCAAGGUUAAGAAACCGUGGUCUAGGGCCAGGGUCUACCUGAAGUUGUGUUUAUCCAUGCAAAAACAAUGAAGGAUGAAGGAUGCAACAGUCAACCAAAGCAAGAGGGCGAUAGUACAUUUUAUAAUAAUCACAGCACAUUUGAUUAUGAAUAAUACUUUGAGUCACAUGCUUCAUCUUGCUAUCCUUACAAUAACCUUGUAAGGUAAGUUAGUAUUAUUAUCUCUGUGUUGUAGAUGGGAGGCUGAGGCUGAAAUGGAAUGGCUUGUCUAAGGCCACAAUUCGUGGCAGAGGUGAGAUUCAAACCUGGAACUGCCUGAUUUGUAGCCUCAUUAGUCACUACACUAGACCAAUUCUCAUAAGGCUCUCUGGCCAUAAUACAGCAUAGAGUUCCGGACCCCACUGAUUUCAGUGAGACAGGUUCUCAGGACUGCAUAGAUCUCACUUAUUUCAGUGGGACAAGUACCCAGAAUUGGGCACUCGCCCAGGAUUUCUUUAUACAAGUCACUAUGCCCUUUCAUUCCAGUUAAGGAAAUCCUUAGCCUUAUAUUAGCUAGCAUGGUUAGGUAAAACAUUUUCAAGAAGAGAGGUAUUUCAUGUUAUAGAAUUGCAAAGUUUGAAAUAAGGAAUGCCCAUUAGGUUCUGUGAGUCUAUGAUGAUCUGAAAUAAAAGGUGCACCUUUUAUCUAAAGAAUGCUUUUCUCGUACAUCAAGAAUAAAAGAAAAGUAGUCUGACAAUUCUCGGGGCAUAUCCGCACUGUGGGUUUAAAUGGAUUUAACUUUCCUUUUCCUUAAUACUGUAAUUUUGCAAAAGAGGAAGAGAUUCUACCAAAGAAUUCUCAGCAUCUGCACCAAACUUUGAACACUCUGGGGAGGCCAUUACAGUGAAACUGGUAUAAAACUGAUGGAUGUUUGUAGUGUAGAUAGGCUCCUAGGGUUCUUGCAGUAGAUAUAUUAUGAGUCAGACUGGUAAUUCCUCUCAUACACUAUUGUUAAGUGUGGGCUUCCAUGAUCUUGGUUGGAGAAUUUUUGCACACCUGAAAUCUUUUAAGCAGGGGAGUUGGCAAUCAUACCUGGGUCAUCCAUGAAAAUGUAGGCACAAUUGCAACAUUUCAUUUCCCAUAUUUUAAUAGUAGAGUAAAUAAUAACUUAGAGCUACUGCUUUCAGGCUAAUUCUGUAGGAGCCUGCAGGCCAUAUUUUAAAAAGCAUUUUCACCAUCUCUGCCCCCUCCUUUCUGCUCCUAAUGGUGUAUACUGUGGCUUUAGAUUGAAACAGAAAUACCAUCUCUUUCUUCUAACAGAAAAAAAGUAUUAGUCACUAGUGAAGCAAGCAGCUUCCGCUCCACAGUAGCAUUGUUAAGAGUGACUGGCAUCUCUUUUUAGUCUAGCUCCAUUAUAAUCAUCAUGCAGUAUUAUUGUUUUGAAGCAAUGAUGCUUGGAAGCUUGUGGGACAUCUGAAACAAGCAGCAGUCUCUAGAUUUCUGGAACUACUGCCUGCCAGGAAGAUUCUGCCUUUUUUAAAAAGUAGCUGGGGUGGGGGGGAGAAUGCAGAUGCAUCAUAUCUGCUGGGACAUUACAGUCUGUUGCUUCUACUGUAAAGCCCACCACUAAGGACAGAGCUCAGGACAAUUGAUAGUAGUCUUCGAUGUCUGUAACUCUUGUAGUGGCUGUAGAGCCUCUUAUUUCUUCACCACUCCUACAAAACCAUGCCUGGGUCAGAAGCUUUAAAGAUCUCUUUUACUGUUUAUUUGCUUUUUUCUUUUCACUCUGUUACUACUUGGCAUCCCACUGAAUGUUUCUUUUCAUUCUCCAAGCAAGACAGCAAAGAUGUUACUUACCUGUAUGUGUAGGCUAAUUGAGAGCACCUGUCUGUCCAUCCGUCUGUACCUGUUUCCUGUUGUACAUAUUCUCGAGAGAAAAGCUUCCUUUGGGAACAGCAGCGUGCUCACAUCUAGCAAAGACUCCAAAUGGCUAAUAUUUUGUAACAAAAUAGACAAUAUGUAUUUUAUCUGUUCAAUUAAUAGAGUUUUAGAAAUUAUAUUGAGAUAUGUCACUUG